AUAAACAGCCUCCCUGCUUGUGCGCGCUCCCUGGGAGCGUGCAGCACCGCGAUCCGGUGCCCUUUGUGUCCUCCUGAUCACAUGAAGAGUAGUAAGCAAGAUGUCACUUCUGACAUCAUUGUUUACUACGUGUGAAAUCUGUGAAUGAUCACAGAGAUCACAUGGUACAAGGCUAUUCACAACAGCCUUGUACCAUGUGACAAGCUGUGACCAAUCACAGCUCACACAGUA